CGGCCCACACGGCGCUCGAUGUGAUAUACAGCUGCUAGAGUAUGCUUGACCGAUCCCUGUUUAAAAUACACAGGGUGUUGCCUUUUCGUGGAGGAAGGUGCCUUUGCAUAUUUGUUUCGGACUUCUGAGCCCGCUAUUUCCCCAAGGACUGCAGGGUGGCAGCUGGAUACUUCCAAAGUGCAUUCUAGGCGAGACUAUUAAUGAAGCUCGAUCGUAGUAUUUCGGGGGCUGUCCUGCAAACGCUCCCCCAGGAGGAAGGGCGGCGCAGAUUUUUAGCUUGAUUGACUUACCGCAGGUUCCCAAUUUUAGUGCUUUAAGUGUAGAAGAGCGAAGGUAGUGCGACAAGAUCAUCCAAAAGGAGAGCCCCCCCCGUGCCACCUGCGACCAAGAGCUCGGAUGUUCGGCGGCCCCCCCAGGGAUCGCUAGGGUUUCCGCAAGCAGCCAUGGACCAGAAGGAGAACCUGGUCAACAGGGAGCUGAAGCUGGCUGUGGUUCUGCCAGGAGGGGCGGAGAAGACGGCCAUCAUCAAUGGCAGCGAGCCUGUGAUGGACCUGUUGGUGACACUGUGCGCACAGUACCGCCUGAACCCCUCCAGCCACACCAUCGAGCUCAUCUCUGCUAACAGGAACGACAUCAAGUUCAAGCCCAACUCUCUGAUAGGCUCCUUGGAGGCAGAGAAGAUCCUAAUAAAACCCAAAGGCGCGGAAGACAGGAACAAAAAGACAGGCCCUCAUUUGCCAGAGGCUACCGUCCGCCUGAUAAUAAACCACAAGAAGACACAGAAGACCAUUCUGAGGGUCAGUCCCCAAGCUCCUCUAGAGAGCCUCGUACCAGCCAUUUGUGAAAAAUGUGAAUUUAACCCGAAGACCACACUUUUAUUGAGAGACGUGAAUUCCGAGGAGCCUCUGGACCUGACAAAGUCUCUAAAUGACUAUGGCUUGCGGGAACUUUAUGCCAGGGACAUUAAAGGUGGGGUGAAUGCAUAUCACCCGGCUUCCUUCGUCCAUCAGGAAGAGACAGAUGGACCUGCAAAGGGGAGGGUUCUGAAGGACAAAGAGAACAGAGGGCUGUUCGGCAGCUUGUUCAGAAAGAGUAAAAAAAAGACUGAGCAGGCUGUACCCAUGAGUGCUUCUACCUCCCCCAUCCUGGCCAGGAAGAGGCCGGAGAGCAUGGCCAUAGCCCCCUCCAGCACCAACGUGUCCAUGAAGAGGCGUGCUCCAGCGCCUCCCGUCACACCUGCCCUCCAUCCCCCGUCAGAUCUCAGCCAGCAGGAGAGCCCUGUCAAACUCGGGCUGCACCCCGAAGGCCGUCAGGAAAGAGGCCGGCUCAUGCGGGGAUUCUCCGAGACUUCCCUGAAAAGCACCAAGAGGAGGGCGCCCCCACCCCCUCGUGCCGUCACUAUAGAUGAAACGUCACUGGACGAGAGUGUUAAAGGAGCGGCCAUCUCCGAGGCCUCUGCCUGCGCGUCCUCCACCGGUCCCGGCGUCGUCGGCGAGAUCCACCAUGGUGACCACCGCCCCAGAGAGCCCACCGGCAUCGUGGAGAAAUCCGCCCCUGAUACCAUGUACAUCGAGAUGCAGGGCUCCACCCCACUGGAAGGGGCGACGGUGAAUGGGCCCGUUGGGCCGUCCUCAGAUGGCAAGGAAGCUGGGAUUCCUAUGAACCAUAAAGAGAGCUUCGAAAAAGCACUGGAUGUCGAUGAAGCCAUUCAUCCAGAACACAAAGUCGUAGGUGAUGAAAAGAAUGAGCAGGAGAAAGUGCCCUGUGGAAAAAUCCCGGAAUUGGUUGGCGAUGAAAAUAAGAGCGUCACUGGAGAACCUAUGAACCUGCCCCCCCUCGCACAUGAGAGCCCCACACCGCCCUGCACUAAGCUCCAGCCCACAAGCCAGGAGGUAGGAGUACAGGCUUUGGAUCCAUUGAGCACAGGUACUUUGGAGACUGACCAUCCAGGAAGUGUGAAGGCACCGACUUCCUCUUCUCCGGACACACCACCUUCGCUACCGAAAACUCCACCCUCACCUGGCUUCUCACUUGACCGGCCCCAGCUGAAGAGGGACAUGUCCACAUCUACAGAGGAAGGUGGUCCUGAUCCGGUUCUGUCAGGAGCGCCCUGUGAGGCCCAAACUAUCACUGUGACCAAACAGCCCCUCGUUCACAUCAAGGACUCGCAGCCCAAACCGAAGCCCUCGAUUGAGCUGACGAGGGACUACACGCCCAAGGUGGGCCUCACCAGUUACACCAUCGUGCCCUCGAAAUCAGUGGACAAGCUCCGGUUCUUCGAAGUGGAACUGACUCUAGAGGCUCCUGCUCCAGAUGUACCUCCAGAGGCCUCAAAGAGUUCAUCUGAACAUGUAGUCCCUUCCUCAAAGACUAGCCAACCUCAAAACUUGGGUGACAAGGCUGAACUGUACAGCCUCUCUCUCAGGGAUAAUUUGCAAUUGCACAAUGGCACUCAUAACAAUACUGCUAGUAGCCCAACGUCAACCCCAGAACGGGAUGAACCUUUUCCGGGACCACCUCUUCCUCAUGUUGAGGGUACGGCGGACGCGCCACAACUAGGCAAGAAGAAUAAAGUGCCCCCCCCUGUCAGACCGAAGCCGGCUUCUUCCCGCUGGUCGCUGCCGAAACGUACGCCAGGGUACUAUGUAACCUCCGCGGCGGAUAAGGACGUGAUCGGCAGCUCUCACUGCAGCGCUGACGAAAGGGAGCAUCCUGAGAAGGUGGUCUGUGACGAUGGCUUCCCCCCUCCUCCACCUCCAGUGUUUUGGGAAGAGGAGGCAGGAGGAGAUCCUCAGCAAAAGGCCCCGCGGACAUCGGUGCCCAAAUUCUCUCGCCAGCCGUCGGCCGAGCUGAGCUUGGAGAAACUGAGGUCCUUCGCUGCACCGAAGCCGUUCAUCCCGGCUGCCCCCUCCCCCUUUGCGCGGGCCGUGGCCAUGGCGGUAAAGAGAUCAAACUCCCUUAACCAAGGCUCCCUCUCUCCAACCCCAUCAUCCCCCACAGACCUGACCUUCGUGGUAGAGCAGAAGGAGUCCUCGGAGAACGUGGGGAGCACCCCUCUGUGGCCAAGCACUGAACAUGCAAUGGAGCCUCGGGAAGCAGAAAUUUCCAGGCCUGGCUGGAAUGGUGAGCCAGCAAAUCAUCCUGAAAUGGCGACGGGUGCUGAGGAAGCAUCGGAAAGCCCACUGCAGUUGUGACUCCGUCGUGCCUUGUGAUCUGCCAGCAGUGCCUGAAACUUCUUAAUGGAAAUUCUACAAAUACCGAGCCAAUGCGAAUUGCUUACAGGAAUUGAGCAUGUAACUGUUUAACCUUGAGCUGACCUUUUGUAAGGAGGCUGUGUAAGUACUCAUUCAGGUAGGGCAGACUUCAAGGUUAAAGCGCAAGAUGAAUUCUCAUCUCCAGAUAAUAUAUGGAUACUGUUUUCUUAUUGAUUUAUGUAUUUUGCGUUGUCUAUUUAUAUUAUUUCUUUGUAAAAUGCUGGUUUUAUCUGAUUCGAAUUUCAAAUAUCAAAGGUUAAUUCUGCAAUUUAACAUUUUUCGUUUAAUUUAUUAGCAUAAAAAUAAGUUGUAAUUUUUAUAAACAAAAAAGAUGAAUAUUUAGAAAUCAGUCACUGGAGUGACUUGAAGAAUCUUUUUGAUCAGAUAUAUAUUUUUUUCCUUAUUUUACCUUUUGUCUUGUGUCAUUGCGACAGCCAAUGGCAGUGAGGUGUGUGUGUGUGUGUGAGAGAGAGAAUUUCUGCAUAGCUGGGCAGAUUCGUUUAUAGCUCCUUUCUAUAUGUGUUGUAAAUAAAUUCUUGUUCUCUGGUUUAGAUUCCCUGCUUGUACUGUUCACACGAAACCAGCAGAAUAAACUGAAACUGGAACCAUGAAA